GGAGAAGUCCCGCGGGCCGCCCCGCUCCCUCAGAGCCGGCGCCGCGGCUCGAGGGCAGCGCGAGGCGCGCGAUGACGCUGGAGGAGCCGGACAGACCGCGCUGCAGCCGGGCCAGGAUGGAGACGGCGGGCUCGGCGCUGCAGGAGGUGCUGAGCAAGGCGCUGAGCCAGCGGAGCGUCACUGUCGGCGUCUACGAGGCGGCCAAGCUGCUCAACGUGGACGCGGAGCGCGUGGUGCUCUGCCUGCUGGCCGCCGACGAGGAGGACGCGCGGGACGUGGCGCUGCAGAUCCACUUCACGCUGCUGCAGGCCUUCUGCUGCGAGAACGACAUCAGCAUCCUGCGUGUCAGCAACCCCGCGCGCCUCGCCGAGCUGCUGCGCCUGCCGGGGCCCGGCGCCGGGGCGGACCCGCCCGCAGACCUGCACUGCGUGCUCGUCACGAACCCCUAUGCUUCUCAGUGGAAGGAUCCAGCACUGAGUCAGCUGAUGUGCUUUUGCCGUGAAAGUCGCUACAUGGAUCAGUGGGUUCCAGUGGUUAAUCUCCCUGAGCGGUGAUGGCAUUUGGAUGUAAACAAACUGAACAAAAUUGCACUGAAGUUCUAAAAUACUUUAGCAGUUGCUCAGGAAGUAACUCCCUACCCUGACACAAGGAUUACAAAAAACAAAACAAACUGAUGUCAAGUGGGUUAGACUGAAGUUGAACUACACGUUGUGUGGGACAGAAGAAGUGGACUCUGCAGUUGAAAAGUGAUGGGAGAAGAAGUGAAAGCUGAAAGCGUAUUAAACAAGCGUCAUAAAAAAACUAAAAAUUGCAAGAAGAUGUAAGGUGCUGUAUGCUUGAGUUACUUGCAGACUAUGCCAAAUACCUUUGAGUUUCAAGAGUGCAACUUGUAGUUUCUCAUUUAAAACACCUUUAGCGUGCAAGAGCAAAAAGGUUUAAUCAAAACAUUUAAAACCACCAUUUUAUUGUAUUUUAGAAUGUUGAUUUUCAAGGUUUUUAUUCUAAGAUCUACUAAGUUAUUUUAUGAUACUGAUGGAGGAUUUAUUUAUGCUAUGAACUUCAGAACUGGAAUACCCUUAAACAGUUGGUCUACAACUCCACCCCUUGUUUUAAUAAAAUAUAACUGUUUGAAACU